ACAUUUGAACGGAUUUGGUCAAUUCUAACACACGAUGCUACUGAAGAUUUUUAUACUGAGAGAAUGCCAUAUGUGGAAACAACGCGAGAAAGACUUUGUUGUUACGUGUGAAAGAAUUUCGUAGCAUCAUCCAGACUCUAUACUUAAUGCUGUUACCAACCAUUGGCCAAAUCCCGACUUUCGGAACUUUUCGUUUUCAAUCCGACUACAUGUUGACAUAGAGUGAAUUCCAUGUAAACUCUGUAUGUCCAGUCACCGACAGUGCCUUAUUUACUUUUAGCAGACCAACAGCUAAAUAACCGGUAUCACCAUGCCUAGAGGAUUCCUUGUUAAAAGAACAAAGCAUUCUAACGCUAUUUCUUAUAGACAGCGUCGGAACUCGGAUGAGGAUACUGAACGUUAUGAAAGCGGCUCAGAUCACGAAGCCCCAGUCAUCACUAAAUUUGGAUCCCCGGAUUCUGGGUACUCUGUGAGUCCAGUCAACCUCAUCAUCCGUGAAAAUCUGAAACCAGAUCAUGUACAGGUCGUCAUCAAAGACGAGGAAAACAACAAUAAUAACAAUAUCAACAACAACAGGAACAAUGUAAAUGAGAAGGAUUUUGUUAGUUUCUCGCCAACAUCAUCACCACUGACUGUAAGUACCACCGCAUCAUCUUACCCAUCGCCUUUUUAUUACGCCACAUUUGACAAGUUAACAGUGUCAAAUUUUUCGCCUAAUAAUCAAAAUUGGAACUUGAAUGUUAACCAGAAGGACUCUCAAGUGUCAUCUCCGUCUCAGCAGAACAGUCCUAAUAAACGCAGGGGCAAUAACGAUAACGAUAACAAAGUCCCUAAGAAAUCCAAGGCUGUGAGGAAGAUCAACUUUGACGAGGACAAGUCGUCUCCCGUGUCGGGCUGUAUCAUCAAGGAUAUAUCUGACGGAGAGGAGGAGGGCAAGGUUGUUUACGGAGAUAUCGACAGUAGCUUCAACUACGUGGAGGCCACCCCAGAGGCGCGUGCAGAAUUGGACAAAAUCGUAAACAAAAUUGGUGACUAUGUUUGCCAACUUUGUAAAGAAUUUUACACUGAUGCCUUUAAGCUCGCACAGCAUAGGUGUUCUCGUAUUGUACACGUGGAAUACAGGUGCCCAGAAUGCGACAAGGUGUUUAGCUGUCCUGCCAAUCUAGCGUCCCAUCGGCGUUGGCACAAACCCAGGCCCGUCAACAACAACAAGACCAACUACCAGGCACCGAUACUUCCAGCCAAACCAGAUUUAAGUAACAUGAACGACAACAAUGACAUCAACAACAUGUCUGAAAGUGUUCAAAACGGGAACGUGUUGUCAAUGACAGUUGGUGACCUGCGCGCUUCGCCCUCAAUUGACGGACAAUAUGAGUGCGAAACGUGUGGUAAGAAAUUUCGUCGCCAGGCCUACUUACGCAAGCACGUGCUCAACCACGCCAACGAUCGACAAACAAACUGUAAGUUCUGCCAAAAAACAUUUCCUAACGAUGCGCUCAAAAGCAAACAUGAACUUUUGCAUUUGAAUAACAAUAACAACAAAGAAUUGUGUUGUAAUGUGUGUAAAAUGUUUUUUCCUAAUAAGAUAAUGUUGGAGAAACAUGCACGCACUCACACGUGCGAAGUCUUUAAUUGUAAAUAUUGCGCCAGUACCUUCUAUAGUUCUCCAGGACUGACCCGCCACAUUAACAAAUGUCAUCCCUCCGAGAAUAGACAAGUCAUCCUACUUCAGUUUCCACCUUCAGUUAAUCGUCCAAACUAAUGUUUCUGUGUAGGGGUGAGUCGCAUCUAGUAUGUGUGUAUCCCCGGGCUCAACCCACGUGCCUUGACCACUGUAUGUUAUACAAUGUUGCCUUGUCACUGGUAAUAUACCUGAGUGUUAUACGGUAAGAAUAAGUAUACGUGAUUUAGUGUGUAAACUGGUGCCUUAUGCUUUAAAAUAAUAUGAAGUUUCACAGAAUUCAGAUUUGUUUCAAUUUUGUCAUAUUCAUAAUAUACCGACAGUUGAAAAAGUCUUUAAUGUUUCGCAAUAAUUCUAAAAACUUUCGCCGAUGAACGGUGACAAGAAUUUAAAUUUAAUAUGUCCAUGGUUAGCAUUUAAUGUUAAAUCAAAAUGAGUAUGAUGCGUGAAGUGUACAGAUGUCAGUUUGUCAGAUGUGUUGUAUAUAUGAUUUAUGCUGUAAUAACAUUUUGUUAUCAUUUUUUGUUGAAUCUUGAUUUUGAUUUAAUUUAAAUUAUUUAUUUAUAUUUAUGUGGUUAUGUUUAGUUUUUAUAUUAAUUCAUAAUAUGACAGAGUUGAUAAUAUAUUCCCACCUCAGAUAUAAGUUUUUAUUGGUAGUAGAUUGAAGGAUAGUUUUACUUUUCAGAGUAUAUUUAUACACCGUUUGAGUAUAUAGUAAUUAUCUUGAAAUCCAAUUAUCAUAUUUUAUAUACUUGUAUCGUUCCUAUUUAAAUUUAAAAGUUUAAUAUAUAGUGGGAAUAAAAUUUCAAAUUGUUAUACAAAGCACCCAGUGCAAUACUCGUAUAUUUGUAUAUGAUGCUAUCAUAUGUGUGUGAUGCACAUCCUUUGUGUGGAUCUAUCACAAGCAGGCCGAUCGUUAUUGCAAUAAUCGAUAUAUGUAGUUAGAUUACAAAUAUUCGGUAAUGAGGUGCCUCAAGGGUUUCAAUUACUUAGGAGCUGUCAUUGUUUUUGAAGAUUUAGUUUUUAGUUUUUAGUUUUUUUUGUUUUUUUUUUUAAAAUCAUCUCUUCACUUGCAUUGCCCUAAGGAUUUCUUUAAUCAAAUUAUAUUUUCGCAUUUGUAAUAUUGAACAAAUUAUUUAAAAAGAAAAACUCAAUAGUAUUUGGUAUUUGUCAAUAUAAUUAUUCAGAUUUCUUAUUUAAUAUGAUGAUCCGUUAAAAUCCCCCCUUAUGAGCCUUUCUCAAAGUAAUACCAGAUGGUGACAACAAUAGUGAGACGAGAGGUCCGUUAGAUGAGAGUAGAAAUAGCGGUAAGCCGAAAGCCAGAUAACGAGGUAAUAAGAUUGGUUACCUGUUAAAUGGCCUUUGUAAAUCCAGGUAGAUGGGCAGCUGAUUAAGGCUGGCGACAGUCGCGAGCCUGAAGUGUGCCGUGCUUAUAGAAGCGUGACCAGGUAGAUAAAGGGACAUCUAUUUAAUGUCGUACGUGAAUGUUUAAACUGAAUAUUGCUCACAUUUGAAUAUUUGAUAACCGAUAAAAUCUACAGAAAAAAGAAGUUUAGUGGAAGUUGUUUCACGGGGUUGUAACGUUAAAAAAGACAUAGCCGAGUAAUUUUGUAAUUGAAAUCCAUUGAGGUGCCUCCUUACAAGUCGAUAGUUAGACGUAGAGUAGUAUUAGGCUGGGGCGACAGUGCAGUGUAUAAUAGCUAGCUAGAUUUAGAUAGAUCAUUGUCAACCUCACGUCAUGCUUCCCUUAUUAAGUUGAUAUGUUGACCAUUGGUUGCUUGUCUUAUUUUAUCAACAACUUUAAUAUUUAGUAUCAAUCUAAAAAAGAAAGAAAAAUAUAAUUGCUUGAAUACUUUUUGUCUCGAUUUAGCAACGUGAUACCAGAAAUACAGAAUGAAUAAAAAGCUAAUGGUCAGAAUAUCAUCUAUAACAAUAGGUUUGUGAUAUUUUAAUUUGAAAAGUCAAGACACAUUAUAGUCGAGCACUUUUCAUUAGAUUACGUAGUAGUUAGUGAUUGUCUUAUGUAGAGGAACCAUUAAUAAUUAUUUAUACGACGUCUUUCGUUAAUCCGACCUGAAUAUCUCACCUAUAACAUUUACAAUUAUCAUCUCUCCUCCUACCACUUACAUUGCCAUUAAUGUCACAAAUUAAGCUAAUACAAUGCUUCUGCUAAAUCAAGUUAACCUAGGAUAUUCUGAGUGGUCCAGUUAGAUUUAGUCACAUAGCGUACUCACCUGAAUACGUAUAAGUCCUUGGCAGAUUUCUAUUGUUUUCGAAGUUGAAAGCAUAAUUGAUUUUAUUCGGUUUCAUUUUGAUUAAUUUUUGCAUGAUUUGAUCAAUGGAAUGUAAUCAAUUGAAUAAUUAUGUUUUGUGUUGUUUGUGUGGUUCUACAAAUUGUGAAAUAGUUGUGCCAUUCUGAUGCCUUAUCGUUUAUGUAUUUUACUAUGACGUUUAAAUUGAUCAUCCAGUUUUUAAUGCUGAUAUCAAAGCCUUGAUGAAAUUGUUUUUAUUCCAAAUACUGAUAAAUUUUGAUUGUUUAUAAAAAAUAAUUUCAUGUUUUUAAAGUCAUAAUAUUGUUCUUUUUAAAUUGCAUAUCCCAGCGGUUAUAUAUAUAUUGCACAUUAUUUUUAUAAAUCUAAAAAUGAUAAUUUCCCCAGUGCCUAAACGAAUAUGCCAACAUUUGAUCUUAAUGUAAGUAACAUCAACUUUGAAACGAAAAUAGAAAUGAAAUAAAAAUAAAGAAUAUAUUGAUAAUGAUAAUAAAAAGGUAUCUUUAUUUGACAUCAAUCGCAUGUGAGAUUUUUAUCUUUAUCAAACCGGUUUUAAUUAUCUUUGAUGGUUGUGUUGGAUGAUUGUACACUGUUGAAUACAUACUACAACCAGCAGAGCUCUGGGUAAUGUUUCUGGUGGAAUGCCAAAUAUAUUUUUCCGAUAUUGUUACGAUGAUACUGUGUACGAUUAGAGAUGAAAUAAAAAAUAAAGUCUUUGUUUUCAAUUAAAUA